CUGCUCCGUCAGCGCUACGGGCUGUGCGGCGGCUGUCAAAGAACCGUCUGGAUAAAACAUCCCCGGCCCGAGAGAGGUCCCGUGUCCUUCUGGCCGGUUCGGCCCUGCGAUGCAGAGCCGGGUGCAGCCCGGUCCGCCAGCAUGUUGCAGGUACCGCUGCCCCUGGACCGCGACGGGAUCGUGUUCCGGCUCCGCUUUACCACGCUGGCCGUCGGGACCGUGUUCUGCCCGCUGUUUGGUUUCCUCUUCUGCGUGAUCUGGUCGCUGCUCUUCCACUUCCAGGAGACGACGGCGACCCACUGCGGGGUCCCCAACUACCUGCCCUCCAUCAGCGCUGCCAUCGGGGGCGAGACCCCGCAGCGCUACGUCUGGCGGCUCUGCAUCGGCCUCCACUCGGCCCCCCGCUUCCUCGUGGCCGUGGCGUACUGGAACCACUACCGGAGCAGCCGCUGCGCGCACCCCCGCUACCCGCGCCUCUGCCACCUCAACCUGCUGCUCAACCUGCUCGAGAACUUCGCCCUCCUCGUCCUCACCUACGUGUCCUCGAUUGAGAACUAUGCAAUCCACGAAAAUGCCUUCAUCGUCUUCAUCACGUCGGCGCUGGGGCACAUGCUGCUGACGUGCGUCCUGUGGAGGAUGACGAAGAAGCACACACAGGCCCCGAAAGCGGAGGUUUGGGCUCACGUGAAAGGUCAGAGGCGAGGAAAAUCCCCCUCCCACUCGGAAGCAGCAAUAGCAGCAGUUGCAGCAGUUGCAGCAGUUGCAGCAGUUGCAGCAGUAGCAGCAGUAACAGCCCGCGUGGGGCUGGCACAGCCCCGCUGCCCCCCCUCGCCCCAGCUGGCCCACGGCACCUGCACUGAGCCGGCCCGCAGCUCCUGUGCCAGGCACGUGGCAGGAGCCCCCCGCCAGGGUCCCGGCUCUGAGCCCCCCGUGCAGCCCGUGUGGGGGUCCUGGCUCCCCCCCUGUGCAGAUUGUGUGGGGAUCCCAGCUCCCCCCCAUGAAGCCUGUGCAGGGGUCCCAGCUCAGCCCUGUGCAGCCCUUGCGGGGGUCCCAGCUCAGCCCCCCAUGCAGCCCGUGUGGGGGUCCCAGCUCUGAGCCACUGUGCAGCCCGUGCAGGGGGUCCCGGUUCUGAGCCCCUCCGUGCAGACUGCGCUGGGGUCCCGGCUCCCCCCCAUGCAGACCGUGUGGGGGUCCCGGCUCAGCCCCCCUGUACAGACCGUGUGGGGGUCUUGGCUCUGAGCCCCCCAUGCAGACCAUGCAGGGGGUCCCGGUUCAGCCCCGUGCAGCCCAUGCGGGGGUCCCAGCUCAGCCCCCCAUGCAGCCCAUGUGGGGGUCCCAGCUCAGCCCCCCGUGCAGCCCGUGCGGGGGUCCCGGCUCAGCCCCGUGCAGCCCGUGCGGGGGUCCCGGCUCAGCCCCCCGUGCAGCCCAUGUGGGGGUCCCGGCUCAGCCCCGUGCAGCCCGUGCGGGGGUCCCAGCUCAGCCCCCCGUGCAGCCCAUGCGGGGGUCCCGGCUCAGCCCCGUGCAGCCCGUGCAGGGGGUCCCCGCACACGGGUGCAGGAUGCGGCAGCGCGCGGUGCAGACAGCUGAGCCGCGCAGGAUGCCGGCAGGGCGGAUGAGGGCUCGGGCCAGGGCCGCUCCGCUUGCUGGUGGUACUGGGCAGACUGGGAGCGGGGCGGCUGGCGGGGGGGGGCCGCUGCCACGCAGCCCCGCGCGGUGCAGCCGCCUGGAGCCCCCCCCCCAUGCGGGUUCCCGCUGCGGACCCGCCGGCUCGCCG